GAUCGCCAGAGUGUGAAGACGUGUCCCACUUUGGCUCUUCGAUGUUUUCCUUUUAGCUUGUGUGGAACUACCAUUCUACGUGGUAAAACAUUGAGCAACGACACUGUGAGCGCUUUCUGUGAGUGUGGUGUGCUUUUUCACGGCUCCAGUUGACGUUUUUUUCUGGCUAAGAGGACAUUUUCGACGGCGACCCGCUGACCUAAGCCUAACCACGUCUGGGCCUAGCCCGAGUGCGGCCUCGGCGAGGCCGGCCAGGUGAGCACGGCAUCAUGUCGCCACCACAGCAACAUUCGCACUCGAGUGGACCCAGCGCGGGAACUCCAUGCUCACCUCAGCUUAGAGACGCCGAAAAGUUGAAGAAUAGCCCCUCCAAAAUGCAGACAACGCGACGAGCGAAGCGCACCGAGAGCGUCGAAACGCCGGGUGAACGCCGAGCUGCAGCCGAAGACGCCGUGGCGCGUCCCUCGAUGGAAGAGGCCAGAAGGAAGGAGUCGCAAGUGAACGACCACAUGGAUAUUCAGGAUGACAGCGUGGACGACAACGAUGAUAGCAAUGACGAAGACAACGAGGAGGACAAUGGAUGGUCCUUUUUCAGCAAGCGGAAACCAAACAGAAAAGUCAAGCCCGAACAGCUUCGCCUCGAGCGGAUCCUUUCCGUGGGAGGAGUGGCCGAGGAUGCGACCAUAAGCGUGGUGUUCGGCCUCAAGAAGGGCGUCCAGGACUUGGCAACCAUCCUCAAGGAGGUCGAGGCCUGCGGCGGACGCGUGUCGCACCUCGAGACCCGCACGGGCCGCACGGCCGACGCACCGCUCGAGGCGUUCGCGUCGCUCCGCGGCAUGGUGCGGGACGGCCUGCUGCGGCUGGGGAAGAACCUGGCCCUGGGUGGCCUCGGAGACAUGCGCGUCGUCAAGGACGUGGGGUCCGCGCUCGCUGGAGACAUCUGGUUCCCGUUGCAUAUCACCGACCUGGACUUCUGCACACACGUGCUAACCAAGUUUGAGCCGGACCUGGACAGUGAUCACCCGGGUUUCUCGGACCCGGCGUACCGGAAGCGCCGCAAGGAGAUCGCCCAGAUCGCCUUCGACUACAAGCAGGGACAGCCCAUACCGAGGGUCGAGUACACGCCGGAGGAAGUGCGCACCUGGGGCGUCGUGUACCGGGCCAUGCGCGAGCUGGUGCCGACGCACGCCUGCCAGGAGUUCGCCGACGCCCUGGCGAGGCUGGAGAGGGAGCUCCAGUACGGCCCGGACGCCAUCCCGCAGCUGGACGACGUGUCGAACUUCCUCAAACGCCGCAGUGGCUUCACCUUGCGACCGGCCUCGGGUCUGCUGACGGCGCGCGACUUCCUGGCAUCGCUGGCAUUCCGCGUGUUCCAGUGCACGCAAUACAUGCGCCACGGGUCCGCACCCCACCACUCGCCCGAGCCGGACUGCGUCCACGAGCUGAUUGGUCACGUGCCCAUGUUCGCCGACCCAGGGUUCGCCCAGUUCUCGCAGGACAUCGGCCUCGCCUCGCUCGGCAUCGCCGACGAGGACAUCGAGAAACUGGCCACGCUGCGAGGGGUGGAACUCCAUUACCUAUCAGACUGGUUUCCAAGGGAGGCCGCCAUCGAUGCAUCACUGAGCCCUGUUCUGUUGUGGCGCGCAGCUCUACUGGUUCACGGUGGAGUUCGGGCUCUGCAAGCAGGCGGGCGAGAUACGGGCCUACGGCGCCGGCUUGCUCUCCUCUGUCGGGGAACUGCAGCACGCGUUGUCGGGCAAGCCGGCUGUCCUUCCUUUCGUACCGGAAACGACGGCGGUGCAGAAGUACCAGGACCUCGAGUACCAGGACACUUACUUCCUGGCAGAGAGCUUCCUCGACGCCAGAGAGAAACUGCGGCAGUACGUGGCCAACGCCAACUUCCGGCCCUUCGAGGUGAGCUACGAUCCGCACCGGCAGUGCGUGCUGGUGCUCGACACGCCCAAGAAGCUGCUCAGCGUGGUCGACACGCUGCGCGCCGAGAUACAGGCCCUCACCAGCGCCCUCGGAAAGAUGAAGUAGUCAGCGACGCGCAGCAAGCCGGCCCUGCAAUAGAUUCCUGUGUCAGCUCCGCCUGCGGUGUCUCACUCUAGAUCCUGGGUACGCACCACUUCUAGGGCCGAUCGCAGUGGUGGUGUCAACCCUGCUUCGGGGAUGUAUUCUGCCUUCUGGAGCACUGCUUCUCCUCUGCCCUUCGUUUUACUUUUGGUUACGCAAUUCUUUUCGCCAACUGCCGAAGUAUUCAACUUCUCCGGAUUUUAGUCUACUUCGACACCCGGGAUGCCGUUUGCUCUUUCGCUUUAGUACGAGAGAAAGUUGAGCAACUUGAUAGGGAUUCGUGGUUUCGAAAAGCAGGUGUAAACAAGAAUUCAACAGCAUAUAAUCCGACACUACGUGUUGACUGACGCUCUAAGGACCUCACGUUCUACCGAAAAGGAAGCAUUCAAGCCCAUUUAUUUGCACGCGGCGCUAAGACCGCUCAGCCACAGCUGGCGUCAGACACUCGCGAGUCCAAUCGCCAAGACUGUUCGCAUGUAUACGAAAGCUUUUAGAGCGACAGUUCAAGAGUGCGAGACAUGUGCGCUCUGUUGCGGUUGCCGAAGGGUGUUGCUCAAAAGUAAGACAGGACGGAAACAUUGCGCGGGCGUCUGGCAAAUACGCUCGUGUGGUUGUUCAAUCACCGUGAGAAUGAUUAAUAAUACGUGGAUCUCAAUAGAUAUGGCUUCGAACGUUGUGGAGUGGUAACUCACUUCAGGGUUAUAUGCCAUCCAAAAAUGUGCAUACAGUUACAGCUCAAUUCAACAUAUCGGUUUGCUUGUUUCUAUCAGCAAAGGAAAAGAGCUAAUAGCAAAAAAUGUCUGGCAAAAAUAUCGUAGUGUUUGUUAUAUGAAAACAGUAACCAACCUAGCUGCACAAUUGCACUAUGCAUUGUUUACUGAUUACAUUGAAAGUACUGACAAAUUUCGCUAUUACUGCAGGUUACGUACUUAUUUCGUACAAAAGAACGACAUUUUCUUUUCGAAAAGAUAACAUAAUUUGCCUUAAACAGUACACAAUUCACAAUAAUUCACAAUAAUUCACAAGUACGCUGUCAGCAAAAUUAACGGCCGAGUAAAGUAGGAUCGAUGUAGUACACGUCAUUGCCAGGGUGAACCAACAGUGGCAUUUUCAUAACGGGCUGCACAGUAAUGUUUACGUGAAAGUGCGUGCUGUUUUUUUUUUUGCUCACCGUGCUCCAACAGCACGACAUAUCCAUGUGACGUGCCUACUUGGCGGCGUGUUGUCUUACACCCUCUGAGCCAAACUGUGCGCUGUGGGAAGUGGCGAUAUUACUGUACUCCUCGUGGACUGUUUAUGUGUCGUAAUAAACA